ACACACAGACACACACGCACACACACACAUGUACAUGCACACACACGCACGCACACACACACACACGUACACACACGCACGCACAGACACACACACACACGUACACACACACACACACACACACGUACACACACACACACAGACACACACGCACACACAAACACACACACAUGUACACACGCAUGCACAGACACACACACAUGCACACAAGCACACACAUGUACACGCACACACACGCACGCACACACACGCACACACACGUGCACACACACAUGUACACACGCACAGACGCACACACACACACACGUACACACACACACGCACGCACACACACACGUACACACAGACACAUACACAUACACAAACACACAUACAAAAACACACGUUCACCACACACCCACAGACACACACACACGCACACACGCAUACACACACACACGUACACACACACGUACACACACGUACACACACGUACACACAGACACGCGCGUACACACGCACAAACACGCGCGCGCACACACACUUACACACAGACACGCACGUACACACAGACAUGCACGCACACACGUACACACAGACACACACAGACACACACACACACACACACGUACACACAGACACACACACACGCACAUACAAAAACACACGUUCACCACACACACACAGACACACACACGCACACACACACGUACACACAGACACGCGCGCACACACACACAGACACACACACACACACACAUGCACGCACACAGACACACGCACACACACGCGCGCACACACAAACACGCACGCACACACACAAACACACACAGACACAUACACACACACAUACACACUAUGUACACAAACACACACACACACAUACAAAAACACACGUUCACCACACACACACACACGGCUAAGUUUGACUGUGCGUGAUUGGUUGGUGUCUUCUGAUGACAUCAUCUAAUCAUCAAACAGACGAACCUUUUACAUGGAAAAUUGCUGUGUGUGUGUGUGUUUUGCUACAUGCCCUGUCGUGCAGCUUGCGCAUAUUUUCUGUAUUGUGCAGAAAAACUCCAUAUACUUGCGCAUGUGCGUGCACCACACACACACACACACACACACACACACAGUCAGACAUGUGCUAAUUCUUUUCAGUUGCAUUGAACAGAAACGGUGACUGCAGAUGACUAAUGAGGCGGUAAGACGAGUCAGACUGCAACAAGCUCAGGUCUCAGGUGUGUGUGUGUGUGUGUUUGUGUGUGUGUGUGUGUGUGUGUGUAUGUGUUUUUGUGUGUGAUGAGACAGAUGGAAUGUGUGUGGUUUAAGGUGUACAUAUAUCUGGGUGCCAGGACCGCACAGUGUGUGUGUGUGUUUCCAUUAAAAAAUGUCUGACAUUUAUAAAGCAGAAUAUCCAGUACACACACACACACACACACACAAUCCCACAGUGCACUGCAGUUACUGAGACCCAUAAUUCAGUGUGAAUUUCUUUAAUCAAUAAAAAAGAGAUUUGAUCCUAAUUAUAUAUUUUCCAAUAACUACAACCUUGUAAACUACGGAACCACACACACACACACACCUGAUGUGUGUGUAUCUAUAAUCAUGAGUGUGUGUGUGUGUGUACAUCUAUAGUCAGGAAUGAGUGUGUGUGUGUGUGUGUGUGUAUUUCUAUAAUCAGGAGUGUGUGUGUGUGCACAUAUCUAUAAUCAGGGCUAUGUGUAUGUGUGUGUGUGUGUGUGUGUGUGUAUCUAUAAUCAGGAGUGUGUGUGUGUGUACAUCUAUAAUCAGGAAUGUGUGUGUGUGUGUGUGAACAUAUCUAUAAUCAGGGCUAUGUGUAUGUGUGUGUGUAUCUAUAAUCAGGAGUGUGUGUUUGUGUGUGUGUGCACAUAUCUAUAAUCAGGGCUGUGUGUGUGUGUGUGUGUGUGUAUCUAUAAUCAGGAGUGUGUGUGUGUGUGUAUCUAUAAUCAGGGGUGUGUGUGUGUAUCUAUAAUCAGGAGUGUGUGUGUGUGUGUGUGUGUAUCUAUAAUCAGGAGUGUGUGUGUGUGUGUGUGUGCACAUAUCUAUAAUCAGGGCUGUGUGUGUGUGUAUCUAUAAUCAGGAGUGUGUGUGUGUGUGUAUCUAUAAUCAGGAGUGUGUGUGUGUGUAUCUAUAAUCAGGGGUGUGUGUGUGUGUAUCUAUAAUCAGGUGUGUGUGUGUGUGUAUCUAUAAUCAGGGGUGUGUGUGUGUGUAUCUAUAAUCAGGUGUGUGUGUGUGUGUCUCUUCACCUCUGACUGAUACACAGCACUGACACUGGAGACUCCUUCCACACCCAUCCCUGUGAAGGAGCUGUUGCUAUGGAAACCAUAAGGUAUGAGAGUGAGUACAUUAAUAUAAAGCUGUGCUACAGGCAGAGCUACUGUUAGAGAGAAUUCAUCAACACCCUGAUCCACCAAUCAGAAUUCAUCAAUACCCUGAUCCACCAAUCAGAGUCCAGAACUCUGUGGUGAGCUCUGUGAUGAUGAUCAGGUUAUAUAUA